AUUUUAAAUAAAUAAUUAAAUUUUUUUAUUAAAAAGUUUUACUAAAUCUGUAACUUCCAUAUGUAUUAAUUUAUUGAACAGUUUUAGACACGUUAUAUGUUCUUUUAAUUAAAAAAAAUUAUUUAAUAUACAAUAUAUUAAUAUUAAUAUAACUGCAAAAAAAUAUAAACUUUUUAAAAUUUAUUUUUCCGAGUAACAAAAAAGUUUGAUUACCCUUGAAAUUAAUUUUAAAACCAUUUUCAUAAAAUUGAUUUAAGCAUACUUCCUACAAUACUCGUCUUUAAUGUAAAGGAACUGAAAUUACGGUAGCCAAUAAGAAAUUGUUACACGGUUUUUUAAUUAUUACACUACAUUAUAAAAAAUUUUAUAUUUAGUAUGGUUUACAUCUAAUAACGAGAAAAUUAAAACUUUUAUUUUGAUUUUUUUUCAAUUUAUAUUCUUUAGAGAGAAUACCGCACUUUUUUGUGUAAUUUCUUGCGCUUUACAAACCUCAGUGCGGCUUUGGGAUGCGGCUUAAACACGGGCAAAUAAAAGUUUGUAAGCUGCGUAGUCUCGUACAUCUGUAUUUUUUUCGUGAUCUCAAAUAACAUUAAUAUAGGUAAAAAAGAGAAAAAAUUCAGUUUCUUGGUAAGAUUCGUAUUAAGAAACUUUUUUUUGUAUUUCGGAAAACAUUAUCUAAACAGUAAUAUCACUUAAUGUAAUAAUGCUUCUUUAUCUAUCUUUUACUGAAUAUUUCCAUUUCAUUUAAAUUUUUAUUAACGUUUCAUACAUUUUUUUAUAUUCAGUUUUAUAUUCAGUUACCUUUAUGUACGUGGAAAAUAUUGUUUCAUAAUAAUCCGGAAUUUUUCAAGCAAAAGAACUUUGAAAAAGCUAUCGUACUGCAAAUUUUUAUUUAGCUUAAUGGAACAAUCAAUAUUAAAUAAUUAAUAUCAAAUCAAAGAAAUAAAAUAAAGCGUUUAAAUUGAGAACAAAGAAGAACAUGAAAAUCAUGAAACUGUAAGUUUUAAUUGAGUAAUUUACAAGUAGUAUUAAUUUACAUGUUUUAACAUGUAAUAUUUUCGUAUUUUCAAGAAAGUUUAAACUUAUUUUCAAUCAAUAUUAAACGCGAGCUCGUUACUGAUGUUCGUUUGUUUGGCGGAGCGAAGUAAUUGGGGCAAGUGAAUCACUAAUUAGGUCACUUUGUGCAUAAGUAAGCCCUAUGGCUUUGACAGGGGGAUUAAUUAAUUGUUGUCCGCGCACGUUUCGGGUUCCACCUUUCAAACAAGCUGCAGUUUUUCUGUCUACAGUUCUUCUGACAAAAUUGUAAUUGCGCUUUACCGAAACGUUUUUGUUACCCAUUGAAUUACUUCUCCUGAUUCGUCUUAAACAGGCCGUUAAACUUUGUCGUUAACGACCGGCAAUAUUAGCAUACGAAUGGAUUGGAGUUGGUCGACUCACGAUUUCUCUUAACAUAAGGCUACGCAAUAGUCAAGUUUUAACGAGGUAAUACUAUUAUGACACAGAGUUUCUGAAAUGUAAUUAAUAUGGCAAAAGCUUGUAGCGAAUCGGUCUCGAGGGAAUUAUGCGAAGAUUAUGGCCAGAAGUGAGUAUUUGAAUGAAAUUUGUAGCGUUAAAGUUUGCACAUAUUUGACGUGGAUGCAGUUCUAUCAAGUUUCACUUAAUACACGAGUAUCAGAUGUGUGGGUGAAACCGGAAGUGAGAUACGUAUCCAAGUGAUGCAGAAAUUCUCACGUAAUAAUGCAUUUAUGAUAAUAUUCCACGGUUUUAAUAUUGAAUAAUUAAAAUCGCAUUUCUUCUCAUAUACACGAUGAAAUAUUAUAUUAAUUUGAUAUCACAUAGUAAAUCCGACCGGUUGUCAAACAACUGUUAAAACGUAUUGAUAAAACGUAUUAUUUUAACGUAUUAUUUUUAAAUAACGGGAUUAUUUUAUAAAACAUAUACAUUUAUAUAAUAUUAUAUCAUAUUUACGCUUUGUUUAGUUGCAGCACAUGUGCUAUUUAUUCACAAUGUUCUUGCAUUACAUUAUCAUAAUCAAACGCCAUUGUCAAUCUCUUUACAACGUCAUCGAUUUUCGAUAAUGCUUAUAAGAAACCGACGGUGGUGGUGUCGGUUUACGUAAAAACAACGUGACUCUUGUAAUUAAAAGUGAUCAUCGAUUGCUCCCAUGCUAUCUGAAGUAUCAUGCGCCUUUUCAGGAUACAGCAUCAUCGAGAGCGCGAUGCCUCUCUACAUCAACUACUUUACUAGUUACUCCGGUAGCGGUCUAUCGAAAAAAAAAAGUUUGUGUGUGUGUAUCUUUUGCAGGUCGGCCAGGCCCUUGCCAUGCGAUGUCGUUGCAGAGCCCCAGACUUCGACAUUACAGGUCGAAACAUCAAAUCAGAUAUAUGCCUUCUAAAAAAGUUUUCAGACCAUGACGGCGAUUUGCUUCGUGUGCAACCUGCCGAUCCUGAGCCAUCAGGUCGGCCUGAUAUGGCAGGGCGGAAACGGCUGGGACGACCUCGUGCGAGAGCAAGUGGAGGAGUCCACUCUGAGGCAGCGCCUGGGAACAGGCAGACGAGACUCCGCGGCGCAGAUCACGUCGAUUUCUCCGCCGAACGAGACUCAGGACUGUUCGCCAACGAACCAGCGUCGUCGGCGAUCGAGCCUCGCUCAGCUGACCGACAUCCUACGCGAAUGGGGUGGCGGUGGCACGUCCACGAAGAGGAGCGGCAACAAGCUCUGCCGGCGGGAGACCCUGGCGGACAUCGCGAAAUCCUUGCCGUGGUCGCGACAAACCACCACGGACGCCAGCCAUCUGGCCAGCCUGCGAAAGCGACGGGAGAGCUCGGUCGACAGUGGCAUCCGGAGCCAGGUGUCGAGCAAGUCCAGACGGGACUCCGCCAUCAGUGACCUUAAAAAUGACAUAGCCAGGCUCUGGAGCAAGAAAGACGUGCUGCUACCGCAGCCGCCGCCCACGGUCAUCACGCCCACGCCACGACGAGGCUCCGGCGAAUCGAAAAACUCUCGCCGUGGUUCGGGCGAGAGCGCGAGGUCCAGGAGGGACUCGGUGAUUACCGGACAAUCUCAGAGUCCUGGCGAGCGUAAGCACAACUGUCGUCAUCACAGACGUAGGCAAUCUCAGCAGUCGUUCGAUGGCGGUGGCGUCACGCCUACAAAGUAUUACAGAAGUGAUCAAAGACCGAGUGCUUCCAGUACAGACAGCGCGGGCAGUAAUACGAUUCGAGAACAUAUGGAGGCUCAAAGAAACUCCAUGGACAAGAGCGAGAGAUCGAGCAGUACCGAAACCAAGAGCCAACCAACAACAGUUUCCACUGUGAUCGAUACGAAGACGGCGGUGACGACGACGUCCUUCAUAGUCAACGGGAAGGCGUCCAUUGCCACCACGCCGAUCACCGAAUCGAGGCUAAUGACGGUCGGCACCUCGCCGAUGAUGUGUACUAUGUCGACUUUAACUGUGGACACGAGAAUGAUCGAGAGGUCCAGUUUAGACGCGUCCGUGAAUCCACCGACCAUCGUUAUGUCCUCGGUAACGCCACCGUCGAUCUCACCGACGGCCGGAAGUAGCCUCCCGCUUCCUGGCACUUCGACUUCCGGUAGCUCCAGCCCGGUCGGCUCCCCGAACGUCAACAACACACCUACGCAUCCGUUACUUUCCACUCGAAGGGAUUCGACCACGCAGGUAUGUAACUUCAAGGGUAAAGAAGUCUCGCCGAGUAAAUUGUCGAGGUUGAUACGCCAGCAUGCAGCAAUAGAUGAAUCGAUGCCACCCACAGGGCGCCGUGGCAGCCAGCCAACUUUAUCACCGGAUCCCGAAGAAGGGGGUCGGAAAGCGCGAAGGGACUCAUUGAGUCCGGAUUCUGCCUCCUACUUGCGACGUCGCGAUUCAAAAAGCCAUCUGAGUCCUGAUAGAAACGUCGAUAAGAGAGACAUCAGUCCUAUCAGACAAAGAAAAGGUCGAUUAAGAAGACAAUCCACCUCCAUGGCUGGUCGGCUACCACGAUCGCCAGAUAGUUCCUCGUGUUCAUCUAGAGAGCCCAGUCCGUGUGCCCGCGCGCCCAAUAUUCACCAUGCGCCGAUAAUACGACGGCAAUCUACUACGGAAGAGAUUCUGAUAGCGCGCGGUUUUCGACGGCAGAGUACCACCGAAGAGAUGAUACGAUGCCGCAAUUUCAGGCGACAAAGCUCUCAAAGCGACGACACGGUUCAGAGAUCUCGCGGACGAAGAGACAGUUCGGCUCAAAUCACGGAUGGCACUUUCGCAUCAAUGACAGUUGAAACAUCCAGCACUUUAUUUGACAGCAGCACUCAGACUGAACCAUCGCCGUUGUACGACAACAACCACUACCACGAGGAGUGCCUAAAAUGUAACAGCUGCGGCCUGAAUCUCACGGGACCCAAUCAAAAGCGGGCGAGACGAUUCAAGAACCAGAUACUUUGCGAUCUGCACUUUGCCGACGUGGCGCUGAUGGAGUGCUCGGACUUCAUGCAGCAGUUGCGCAGCUUCAAACCACAAAGUUUAGGCUGUGCAGUUGCGAGACGAAAGUCCUCGACCACGCUGAUCUUCCCGUUGCCACCCCAGGCGUGCUCCGACGAGUUCUGUCAAGAGUUCCCGCACAACCUGAUACCAACGCCCGGCUAUUGGAUCGAAUGCUCGCGACCACAGGUCACGUCGGACACAAUCUGGGACGAAAGUGAGAGCGAACAUGAAGGUACUGAUCCCGAACAGGCGGAGGGACAGAACGCGGAGGAGCGUUCGUCGAUGCGGAAGCAUCAGGAGAAAACCUCCUGCCUGUUCGAAGCGGAGAAUGAAGGCGACACGGACGAUCCGCCUCGAAAGAAGACCACCAUUGAGGAGCAAUGGGAAAAGAAUCAAGGUUUCGAGCUCACUUCGGUCGAACAAGAGACCUACGAGAAGUAUUUCUAUGGCUCGGAGCAUUGGAAUUACUUCACGAACGAUGAGGAUUUGGGACCGGUGAUACUCAGCAUCAAACAAGAGACGCUCAACAACCGCGACCAGUUUAGAAUUUUGGUCAGAGCCAUCAGUUACACGGUCCACGGCCUUAUCCCUGCCAGUUGUGUCUUUGCCGAUCGGUAUAAUCGAGAAGAAGUGGUACGUAGUCUCGGCAAGGAGGUGAACAUCAAUCCGCCGUUAACCUUGGGCCAAUUGCCAGAUACGCCCGAAGAACUUCUAAAGCUCGAUCAAGUUUUUAUCAAGUCCGAGCUGAAGGUGGGGAUGAUUUAUGUUCAGGAGGGUCAGUACACCGAGGAGGAGAUACUCGAUAACAACGACAACUCGCCGCUCUUCGAGGAAUUUCUGCAGAUUCUCGGGGACAAGGUCAGACUGAAGGGAUUUGACAAGUACAAAGGUGGUCUCGACACCGUACACGACUUGACGGGCCUAUAUUCUGUCUACACCAACUGGAGGGGUAUCGAGAUAAUGUUCCACGUGUCUACCUUAUUGCCUUACGAGAAACACGAUCCUCAAAAACUUCAGAGAAAAAGGCACAUUGGCAACGAUAUAGUGUGCGUCGUAUUUUUGGAAGCCGACAACACGACCUUCAGUCCAGCUUGCAUCAAGUCGCACUUUUUGCACACGUUUAUCUUGGUGCGAGUGAGUCCACGGAUAAAGCGGAAAGUUACGAGAUACGAGGUGUCCGUAGUUACGAGGGAUGAAGUUGGGGCCUACAAACCGUAUUUAUGGGAGCAAAGUGUCUUCGAAAAAGGUCCGAUGUUUCGAGAAUGGAUAUUAACGAAGAUCGUAAAUGGCGAGAGGGCGAGUUAUUCCGCGCCGAAAUUCGCGAGGAUGCAGGAACGGACGAGAAGUCAAAUGUUGGAGGAUAUCGUAGCGAAUCUCGCCAAUCACGCGGAAACCGGCCAGAUUCCGAAACCAUAUAGACGAGGUUCUUGGCGACCGAUUGGACACAUGAGACCGUCUUCACCACUGUUGGACUCGGUGCGAGAUCAGUUCGAGGAUUAUGAUCAACUCGCAAAGGACUUUACUAGGGUGUUCCUCAAUAAUUCAGCGAACAUAACGCUGAACACUAGUCUCUUCGAUGUGUCCUUCCUUGUGCCGGGACACCAAAAACAAAAAGUCCGAUUUAUCGGUGUCAGAGCGAUUCUAGCAGUAAGAAGCAGAGUGUUUCAAGAAAUGUUAUACGGAAUUCAGGCGGGUUUCGGAAGUCCGCAAGUACCGGUUGCCGAGUUGCUCGCGAGACCGGCGCCAACAUUGCUCAGUCCGCAGAAGCCGAAAAGCUCGAACUUCCUGCAAGUUCCUGACAUGGAGAGUCCUAGGCCCAAAAGUGUCCCCUCGUCGCCGAUGGUGAAGCGGGCCUUCUCACGACUGGGUACGAUCACGGCAGGCUGGGGCAGGAGCAUUCGAAAGCACGGCAGCACUCUGCAGAGCGAGGACCGAAAGCGAUGGGCCAGCUCGCAGGAUUGCAGUAAUAAGGAGGCAAAAGAUAAGGACAAACAAGCACAAUUGGCAGUGCCGCGACUCAGCGUUUGCGCGGACGCGCAGAAAGUAGAUAGAGCCAAACUAGCACAGACUGAGUUUGACAUCAUCGAGUUCGAUCCGGAGACCUUCCGAAUUCUGCUGGACUACCUGCACACCGGAUCUUGUCCGCUGACGUGUAGCAACAUACCCGGUCUGAUAUGCGCCGCGGAGCACUACGAUCUGCCGGAGCUCCUUCAGGCUUGCUUCCAUCACGCCAAGCAAUUCCUCAGGGUCGAGAUCGUUUGCGUGAUGCUGUGCGCCCUCGAGAAUUAUUACUGGCGUUACACGUCCGCUUCGGAAUUGGUCAACAUGAUUCUCGCAUUCAUCGAGACGCGGGCCGAAUUGCUCUUCAAUCACCCGGAUUUUGUUACUCUGAGCGAAUCAAUGGUGCAGAUGAUUAUGUGCCGUGGCCUCGAACUGCCGGAGGUCAAGAAGUUCGAGGCCAUGCUGACCUGGGCAAAGCACAGAAUCAAAACCAAAUCGACCAAAAUCGACGCCAAAGUCGAGUUCAAGUGCAUCAUGGACAGGCUCAGCAGGGAUCUCAAGUUACAUAAGAUAACGCCUCAUGAACUAAUUAGGAUCGUAUUACCAUCGAAGGUUAUAAAGAACGAGAGGAUCCUCGAGACUCUGAUGUACCAGGCGAAUUCAGGCAUAUAUAGAAACAUCGACAGCUGUUUGGAGGCAUAUCAGAGGAAUUUACAGGAUCAAGAAAGUUUCGACUGUGGACUAUGAAAGUUAACAAACACGCGAAAGGUGCCACAAAAACCUGAGAAACACGUAUCGAUAAAGGAGUGAUGUGUGUGAUUCUCAAGUGAUUGAAAAAUUAUUCUCUUGUAAUGUUGCGGCGCUCAUGUUGUGUUAUCGGAUGGAUUAUAUGUGAGUAAUCGACAUUCUUUUCAGUAGCAAUGACUUACAACAUUAGAAUAAUUUGGUUGCCAUUGCAACUGAUAUGUAGGAAUCGAUAAUUGUGUAUUGUGAUAAGUUUCUCCGAUAUCACACGAGGUCGUUGCUAAGCCACUCGACGAAUAAUAAGUUUUAGACAUAAUCUCGGCUCCAUUCGCGUGUACUUUAUUUGAUACUUAUAUAGUAAUUCAAUUGCAUUUGGUGACGUAUUAGCUUACCAUCCUUAUUUCGUCAUCAAAGUCAUCUGUGAAAAGGAUAAUGGUAUAAGGACGAUGUUAAUGGACGUUAAUAUACUUAACGGAGUGUUUUUGAAAGUUUCUUUAAAAUGUUACUCGAGGGAGGUCUAAAAAAUUUCGAAAGUUUUCUGUUCGAGAAUCUUUCGGGUUAUCUGGUAUAAAUGUUAGUUGAAUUGAAAUACUGAUUUAUCAAUAUAUAAAUUGGUUAAUAUAAAAGUUUAACGCAUAGAGCGAUUUCUGUACAUAAUUUUUUUCGAAUAUAAAAUUUUCUAAA